GGAGGGACGAGCACACCCGGCAGACUCGGAGCACCUGCGGCCGGGGCAGCCCGUGCGGGCGGCGGGCGGGUCCCGGCGGGGGCAGCCCGGGGCGGUGCAGGCUGUGCCGUGUCCCCGAGGCUCGCCGCUCCCCGCCCCGCCGCGCCGCUCCCCAGCCCUCCUGCCCUGCCCUGCCCUGCGCAGCCACCCCGGCGGAGCGGGGAUGGCGGGGCUGUGGCUGUGGCUGUGGCUGUGGCUGGGCACGGCGGCGGCGGAGCUGCGGCUGACCCUGCUGCACACCAACGACGUGCACGGGCGGCUGGAGGCGCAGGGCGCGGGCCCGCGGCGCUGCGCUCCCGGAGCGCAGGGAUGCUUCGGCGGCGCGGCGCGGAGAGCGGCGCUGGUGGCGGCCGAGCGGGCCGCGCACCGCAACGUGCUGCUGCUGGACGCCGGGGACCAGUACCAGGGCACCGUGUGGUUCUCCCGCUUCAAGGGCCGCGAGGCCGCCCACUUCAUGAACCUCCUGCGCUACGAUGCCAUGGCUUUGGGUAACCAUGAAUUUGAUGAAGGUGUGAGUGGAUUGUUGGAUCCUCUUCUUAAAAACGCAAAUUUUACAGUCCUGAGUGCAAAUAUUAAAGGCAAAACUCCAUUAGGAAAUGAAAUGAUGAAAUAUGUUCAUCCUUUUAAAAUAGUUCGUUUUGACUCAGAAUCUGUUGGAAUUGUUGGCUACACUACAAAGGAAACUUCUUUUCUUUCACAGCCAGGGGAUGAUGUAACCUUUGAAGAUGAAAUUGAAGCAUUGCAACUGCAAGUGAAUAAACUUACUGCUAUGGGAGUGAACAAAAUAAUUGCACUAGGACAUUCUGGUUUUACUGUGGACAAAAAUAUCGCCCAAAAAGUGAAAGGAGUGGACGUUGUGAUUGGAGGACAUACAAACACAUUUCUCUACACAGGCACCCCACCCUCCACUGAACUGCCAGCUGGCCCCUAUCCAUUCAUGGUUGACUCGGAUGACGGGAGGAAGGUGCCAGUUGUACAAGCUUACGCUUAUGGAAAAUAUCUUGGUUACUUAAAUGUUACAUUUGACAAGAAAGGAAAUGUAGUUGAAGCAGUUGGAAACCCCAUUCUGCUGGACAGCAGUGUUCCUGAAGAUGAGCACAUUAAGGAAGAAGUGGAAAAAUGGAGAGAGAACCUGGGAAAUUAUUCUGAAGAGAUUGGGAAAACUAGUGUGUACCUGAAUGGUACAAGCCAAGCAUGCCGUUUCCAAGAAUGUAACAUGGGAAAUUUGCUUUGUGAUGCUAUGCUUCAUGAGAAUGUCAGGCAUCCAGAUAAAAAGACAUGGAACCACGUUUCAAUGUGCGUCCUGAACGGAGGUGGGAUACGGUCACCCAUUGAUGAGCAGAGCACCAAUGGUAGCAUUACUGUGGAAGAUUUGCUGUCUGUUUUGCCAUUUGGAGGUCGUUUUGAUAUGGUGACGUUAAAAGGUUCCACACUGAAAGAAGCUUUUGAGCACAGUGUGAGGAGAUAUGGAAAAGGAAGUGGAGAGCUGCUGCAGGUUGGAGGCAUCCACGUGGUCUAUGACCUCUCCAGAGCCCCAGGAAGCAGAGUUGUUAGCUUAGAAGUGCUUUGCACAGCCUGCCGAGUCCCAGCCUAUGUCCCACUCCAGAUGGAUGAAAUCUACAACGUGACUCUGCCAUCCUACAUGUUAUUUGGAGGAGAUGGCUACAGUAUGCUGAAAGACAAAAAUCUGGGAUACAGUAAAGGUGAACCUGACAUUGAGGUUGUUUCCCGCUACCUCCAGAGAAUGAAGAGAGUUUACCCAGCAGUUGAAGGUCGAAUAAAAUUUUCUUCUGGAAGUCUUACUGAAGCAAGUCUCACCCUGAUCUCUGUACUGCUCAUGGUGACAUUCUUGCACACUUGAUUUUUUGUUUGGAGGAAUACAGGAGGAGAGGUGAUCCUGAGGAAGCUGUAAGAGACCUGUUCUCUUCUGUCACGCUUUACAAUGAAUGAGCAGUGAGCAGCCCCCAGCAUUGUCUUUAACCUGGUGCUGCCACUGGAGCACUGUGUGCAGGGCAAGAGGGCAAAAUCCAUGACUUCUCUUGGUGAGAAUAAGCAGGUACCUGAAAUUGAGGUCUCAAAGCAAAGUUCCAUUGAAUACUUACUGCUCAAUCAUAAAACAAGGACAGACUGAAAUGGGGUAUUAUAAAUUGUCAAAUUCUUACAGCUGGUUUAGACAGUGACUUAAGAACCUGAUUCCAGAUGUAAAUAAGCUUCUAGAAAUGGAUUUAUUAUAGAUGUAUAUUCCUUUCUUUAAUCUCCACUCAGGGUUAAGGUAUUCAAUCUAACAUUUCUACUUUGCUUCCAGUCAUAUUUAUCAUACCUACAUGAAGGCCUGAAAGAGCUGGAUUAAACUCAGUGCCAUUAAAACCACGAGGUCUAUUUAACAGGCAAUUUAAAAAAAAAAGUUUUACUUUUGAAAAAGAAACAUCACACUCAUAUUUUCCAUUAACAAAGGACAUAAUGAAAGCUUGACUUGAUUUUGAUCAAUUUUAACAAAUUAAGUAUUCUUCAGUCUUAAAUAUGACCAGAUGGGGGACUGUGUUCUCACUCCAUGUUCUCUCUCUCUCAUACAAUCUGUGACUGUAUUUCAUAUAAAUAUGUUCAAUUUUAUACCUCUUCCAAAGGACAAAGCACAGGACUGCAGCCUGUUAAUCUGUAUUAGCAACAUUCCAAAGAAAUGUCAGAUACAGGCAUUGACUCCUGCAGUACUUUUGGCAUCCUUUGGAAAUAAUCAGGUACCGGGGCUCUUUACAGCAUAACCUGCCUUUAUGAUAACUGUAAUUAUACCUCUUCCAUGGGAAGGAUGUGUUUAAAAAUUACUUGUAAGAGACAAGCUAGUGAGUAUGAAAUCAGAUUAAAUGCUAAAUGUACACUGCUGAUGCUUUAUCAAUAAUUGAUUGCUUAUAAAUGAGGACAAAAAAAUAUUAUUUUUCUACGAUUACUGGGAAUUUUGACAUUGACAUGCUUGGGUUGUUUAUUGCUGUUUUAAACUGACUGUGUUUUGAAUAAACCUGCUAUGUUUUCCUGGAAAGCUCA